AAGAAUUUUUCGAAUUUCGUCAAGCAUCGAUGUGAGGCAGACAGAGGAGAGCUGUUCUCGAAUUUUGUCCGAUGCUGGUUCAUUGCUUUAGAUGAUGUGAGCACCGGGAAGGAUCACAUUUUACCAAUGCUUUUACUCGUUAUGGACACUCUAAAAAUCGAAAAUCUCGCUUGUGAACCCGCGUUGACUUUACAGGAUGCUAUUACCGAUCAGGUAAACAAAAUGAGUGGCACUGAUAUAAAAGCAUUUUGCGUAUAUAUCGCUGAAAAAUUUGUGGAUGGGCAAUCAUCGUCUAAAAGAUGGCUCAGUGCUGCAGCACUAUUUUUGGGGUAUCUAGGGAAACUGAAGAAUACAUCAAUCGAAUGGAAAGGGACAUAUCUGCACGGCAUGAAGUUUCUUCGUUCGUUUCUAACGGAAUUGCUGAACGAUGUUGUAAACUGUAGCUCCUUCCGGGAACUUAUCGGUGUUCUGAGGUAA